AAGAUAUUCAGAAUGAAAUGGACUAAGAAAGUAAAAAGAAUGCUGAAAGAAGUUUCUUCGUUGAAUAUCAAAUCUAGUGAUUAAUGCAGAAAAUUUUAAGUAUGUUUUUCGAAAAAAUGGCACUGACGAAUAUUCUUCAGCAUCAUGCUGAAGAAUAUUCGUCAGUCUAUACCGGUCUGAAAAAUGGUACGCUCAUUCAAUUAAAUCCCAAAACAAGAGAAAAAACAAUUGUGUAUUCACCAACUAUUGAUAAAGCAAAGACGAUUGCAUGUGAUAAGUAUCUCACAAACUAGUCGGCAAAUCACUUUUUGCUAUCACGUUCUUCUCUUUAUUUUCGCAGGUGGUGAUGAAUAUGAUGUUCACGAAUAUUAGGCAUUAGAAAAUAUUCUGAAAAUGAACUGAUUUUUGCUGAAGCUUACAGUGGCGUAUAUAAAUUUAAUGUUAAUACAAGUAUUAUUGUUUUUUUUUCUUUCAUAAAAUGAUAUUUACUCUUUUUCUCCUGUUAGAAACUAUUGUUCAAAUUAUAUCAGCUAAUGGUACACGUUUCAACGAUCGUCCAUUACGUUUUGUCAACGAUUUGAAUAUAUUAGAUAAACAAUACAUAUUUUUUACGGAUUCCGAUUGGAAAUAUCAACGUCGAAAUUUUCCACUUGCUAUCUUGCGAGCAGAUCCACGAGGACGGCUAAUUCGUUAUGAUAUGAUAAAUGGAAAAUUUUGGAUAGAUGGACCAAAAUCGGGUCAGACUGAAUAUUUACCAACUGAAAUUAUUCGAUAUUUCAUGCCUUCAAAUCGCUAUGGACUUGCAAUUGAGAUUGAUAAUCGUGGAAAGAUAUUACGUUCGUUACACGAUAGUGAUGGUGUUAAAGUGCCGUCUACUUCUCAAGUAACAGAAUAUAAUGGAUAUUUAUAUUUUGGUUCAUACUAUUUACCAAACAUUGCAGCUUUUAAACUAUAA